AUUGGUUGGCGCGAACUUCCGGAAAUGUUUCUAUUGGCUGAAAGGGUCGCGAGGGUAAAAUUGAAAUAAACGUCCACAGAAACAGACGCCGAACUUCGGUCUUUUUUUCUUUAUUCCUCGUUUUUGUCCGUUCUGGGAUCAACACACUCGACUAUUCUAUGUUAUGGGCGACCACACGGACAUACAUAUUACUCCAGGGAGGUCUUCGGUGCGAAACCCCUUUGAGAGUCCCAAUGACUACCGCCACCUCCAGGAAACUCUGGUGCCGAGUCCAUCUGUGUUCAAGUCCAGAGCUACUCCCCCCAAGUUUACCUGGAAUGUUGAGGAAAUGGCCAGUCUGUUCCCAGUGGACAUUGACCCAGAAGAAAUCCAGAGACAAUCCUUUUACCUCAGCCAGACAAGGGCGGACUCCGACAUUGAAGAAAAGCGUCAGAAUGCUAUAGAACAGUUCUUUACCAAGGGAGCCAUCGUGCCCUCCCCGUGGUCCGUAACAGAGACCCGGAAAAUCCCUCUCAUGUAUAAGAAAAGUCCUCUGUCUCCGAUGAUAACAGAAGAGCCAGAAAAACACUCGGUUUCCUGUCAGACAACCCUCUCGCUACCUCUGGCCCUUGAUUUGGAGCGUCUUCUAGGGGAGUACUACCGCAACGAGGAAGUGGCGUGCGACGCUGUCCAGGAGAGCCUCAGCUCCUCCUCCUUAAGACGCAAGCUCUUCCUGGAUGGUCAAGGCGCUUUCAGCAGCUCCGACGGCUCCAGUCCGCCGACCCCGGACCGAUGUCUCACCCAGGAAGAGAGGCUGCUGUUGAAGCAACAUGAGGACGCCGCACAAGACUUUAAAGGAGCCGCUUCGUCCAGCUUUGCCUCCCCUUUGUCUUGCAAUGUGACAGCCUCAACGCCCUCUACAGCUCAGUUCUCCUCCAGUCCCAUCCAGCAUGGCCGCUUUCGGGACUGCAGCCUGGGCAGCUUGGCCAGCCCUGUGUUCCCUGCCAGCAUGGGCUCCCCCACCAUUUCGCCUAUUCUUGCACAUACGCCCAAAGGUUCAGCCGAGUGGAAACAACCGCGCCAUUUAACGCCACACGGCGUGACCGUGGACAUGGACACGCUCCCCUGCGCCAAGAGUCCGUUUGUGGAGGGCUGCUCUCCCAUCCGUAGCUGUUCUCCACACCAGCUCCGCAUCCACCCGGACCUCCAGCAAUGCGCCCGAUCCAAGCCCAGGUCCAGGUUCCGUAGCUGGGGCUCCCCGCCUCUCAUCUCGCCCAUCCUCAACCCCAAGCUUCCCGACAGCCAGGAUUCAGAGGACCUGGCACACUCUUCCUCCUCGCCCGCUCCCACAAUCGACGUCGAUCCAUCCUCGUCUUUGGAUCAGAACACUGGCUCUCCCGGGAGACUUAUAGAGCCUGUGAAAACCGAGCCUGGUCAGGAAAUAAGGAUGGAGGGGCAAAUCGAAGAUGAGGAAGAAGACGUGGACAAUGGCAUCCUUUCAGGACAGCUGACAAGUUCUCGAAUGGUCAACGCGUCAGCCACAGAAAGCUCUCAGAUGUUUGUGUCUCUCCUGGGAGACGGAAGCAGCAUACGCUACGAUUCCAGCAUGCAGGUGGACAGCGGAUACAACACUACCUCAGCAGGCGCCGGCAGUCUCAUUGACGGCCUGGGCUCCGACUGCCCCGGAAAGGAGUCCUUCACUUCCAACUUCCCAGACGACGCGUUCCACCUCACCAGAACCUCCAAAGUGAAGGCGCGGCUUCCUCAUCACUGAACGCCGCCACGUGCAGCUCUUCUCUGGUAGGAGUGUUUAAUUGACCCGUUAAAGAAGCUUCCUCCAGUGGUUAGGAUUUCUUCCGGGGGUUAAAGUUCAAGGUCAUCUUUGCUGUAAGUGUGUGAGAGCACGUGGAUGCUCGCUCACUAUUUUUUUUUUUGUUGUUGCUGCAAUUGAAUUGGGUGCUGACACAAUCAUGUUUGUAUGUUUUUACAGAUUUUCAUAUAUAUUUAACUUUUUUUUCUUAAACUACGUGAAUAUAAACCUUAAAGAUUGGUGUGGAUUGUACAUUUUAAAUGUGAUAUAUUUUUCCCUCAGCGUAGUAAGAAUAUUUGAAGAAUACCACUUGCCAAUUUGGAUCAUUAAAUGAACAUGAUUGUUUUUA